CCGCAGACCACCGUCUCUCCUCCUUCCCCGCCGCGACUACCGACUCGUCGAGCCAUUCGCUCAGCCCGUUGCAGCGAGCAGCUUGCUACUCGCAAGGACGUUGUAUCCUCUCUUCUGGACUUGAGCAUGCUCCAGGCUCGUCAGGAGCGACUCACCCUCCAUGUCGCUGCACUGCGUCGCCUUCUCGCCAUCCUCUCUGACCCUGAUCGCACCCUCCCGAUCAUCCCCGUACGACUCAGGACCUCCACGAGGGUGUACUCAGCGCUGUGGGAUUCCGGUUCUCAGGGCGACUUCAUUCACCCACGCGUGGUGAAGGAAGCCCGCUUACCCACGACAGGGUCUCCGACUCCCACCUCCGUUACCCUAGGGGAUGACAAGACCCAGCGCUUCUUCGAUCAGACGGUCACCGACCUCCCCUUCUUCCUCACUCUCGAGCCUACUGAGCGUUCCCCGGCUUCUCGUCGCCACCGCUCCUUUGCACAUUUCGAUGUGAUGGAGACGGGGUACGACUUCAUUCUCGGCACUCCGUGGUCUCGUCGGUUCCGCAGCAACGAGGCCGGUUUGGCGACCAACACUCUCGUUCUCAAAACGAAGUGUGGACAGACGUAUCGCGUACCUUUCAUAGGUACCACGGCGACACCACACCCCGAUCCUCCUCCCCUGAAGCCUUCAGUGCCCACACCAUCUCCCUCUAUCACUGUCACCUCGCCUCGGCAGUUCGCUCACUUCAUUCGACAGGACGACGUCACCUUCUUUAUGGUGGACGUGACGGAUCUCUUACACUAUGAUCCACCCUGUCCCGACGUCGAGCUCAUCCCUCUGGAGCCAGAUCCUCCCUCUAUCUCCAUGGCUCCCAUCUYUACUUCCGUCCCUCCGCCGUCCGUCGAGUCCACCCCGCCGUUGCGCGCUGACGCUGACGCUGAGGAACUCGCACGAUAUACGGCUGACUUGGAGCCCGCAGUUCGUGACCUCAUCCACGAGUACCAUGACGUUUUCCCAUCGUCGUUCUCGUACGCCGGCAUCCCACCGAUGCACAACGUCGAGCACUCCAUUCAACUCGUACCUGACUAUCGUGUUCACCACCAGGCACUCUACAGACUCUCGAUCCCCGAGGCCACCGAACUCAAGCAUCAGCUUGAGGAGCUCCUGAGACUGGGUUUCAUUAAACCCAGCAACUCCCCGUGAGGUGCACCCGUCCUCUUUGCUCGCAAAGCG